AUGGAAAACCAUCAUAGAAAAUCAUCAUCAUCAUCGUCAUCCCCACUCAAACCCUGGAAAAAAGGGCCCGCGAGAGGCAAAGGCGGGCCCCAGAACUCCACGUGCGAAUACCGUGGGGUCCGCCAGCGCACGUGGGGGAAAUGGGUGGCCGAGAUUAGAGAGCCCAAGAAACGGACCCGUCUCUGGCUGGGCUCGUUCGCCACGGCCGAGGAAGCGGCCAUGGCCUAUGACGAGGCGGCCCGGAGAUUAUACGGGCCCGAGGCCUACCUCAAUCUGCCCCACCUGAGGUCCAACUUCAACCCCCUCAAUAAACCACACAGGUUCAAGUGGUUCCCGUCGAAUAAUCUCGCCUCUGUUUUUCCCUCCACGGGCCUUCUCAAUCUGAAUGCUCAGCCGAGCGUUCACGUGAUUCACCAAAGGCUGCAGGCACUCAAAAAAACAGGGGUUCUCGGACAGAGCCCGUUUUCUGGUGAACGGGCCCGGGUCGAAAUUCCUGAAGCUAAAGAUAAAGAAAGUGAAUUUGCAUCUGCAAGUAAAAAGAAUAUUGCCGCCACUGAGGAGAAGCCUCAGAUUGACCUCAACGAGUUUCUCCAGCAGAUGGGGGUGCUGAAAAAAGACGAUCAGCCCGAGAAGUCGAAAAGUGUAACCGAGAUAGAGUCAUUCUCGUCAUUUAGAGAUGGUGAAGAUGGAAUCGGGACAUCUGGGGAGGAAAAUUUCAACUGGGACACAUUGAGUGAGUUAUCUGGAGGAGAUAUUCAAAUAGGAGACGAGGCAAGUACCUUUCAUGCGUUUGAAAGUAAUGAAGAGCUGAUUUUUUCACCAUCUAUCUGGAACUUUUGA